GAUUCCGGAACGACUCGCUGUAUACAACACAAUUUCUCAGAUCUGGGCGCUUCUUAAAGUUCUUUCCAUCAAUGUCUUUCACAAUCUCUACAUAUGUACAUAUGUAACGUCUUCUGCAAAUCUCAGACUUGACUGGGGAUUCUCUCAAAGUAGCUAAGUCCUCCUAACAAUUGGAAGCUGGUCAUCCAGCGAUACUUGUACUGCUAAACAAUCUGCAAGAAGUCCUUCUGAUGCUCAACAGUAAUUGUUCACAACGGAUUUACAUCAGUGGUCUUCAAUUGGCAGCAUAUUAAAGCAAUGCUGAGCAUUGGCUUCUUCUCUACUCUCUCUCACUAGGCAACAGCGCCUGCUUCAAGAAAUUAGAUUCAGCUACUACUGGCUCAGAAGAUGGUCAUGACUGCUGGGAUCCAAGCAAUGCCAACCUCAAUGAGGGUGGCUGCUGACAUCAGCAUAAGUGCACACGACUCGCUCUCCCGGUCAACCGCCAAUCCCUCCUUACGUGGGGUGCGGGCUGUUGCAUAUGGAACCUGGCGCUCUCGCAAGCGGCCCGAAGCGGUUUCUUUCUCCAACAUUCCUGGACUAGGCACACCUUUCCCUCGACCACAAAAACCUCAGCGAGUAUACCGGGAAACAAGUAGGCACGGCGCAAAUCGAAGCAUCAUACAAUCGUCCUUGCCUUUCCCUCAAGGGCACACCAGCCCUCAGCAAAGCCAGCCGCCCCUAGUUCUCACCGACUCCACCGCUGCCCCAGCCACCAACGUCCGCUACGCCGUCAUGACCGCGUCCGACUAUCACGUGUCCGAUCUGCACCGCCCAACCUUUUACGGCCUCCCAUGCGUCUCCGACAUUCCCACUCCUUCCCCAAACUCCCCCUCACCCCCCCCCUGCCGAGAAGCGGGUCUCUUGUCGUCUCGCCAAAGCUCUGCUCCUGCUAGCGCAACAGUUCCUGCGGUUGCGGCAGUCCCUGCUGUCGCAGCGGCGCCCCCCCCUGCGGCGAUGCAAGCGUCGGUGGCGGUUCCGGCGGGGAGAACGGCAUGGCGGGUCCCUGCGGAGACGCAGGUGGUGUGGUUGGUGGGGCUCAUGGCAGCAGCGGUUGUCAGCGGGAUUGUCGCCUUGCUAGCACACGCGGUUCCAGCUCUCCGGGCGGUGUCAGCGGCGGCACGUGCGGCGGAGCGGCUGGCGGACACGGCGCGGGAGGAGCUGCCCGCCACGAUGGCCGCCGUCCGCUUGUCCGGAAUGGAGAUCAGCGACCUCACCAUGGAACUGAGCGACUUGAGUUCGGACAUCAGCGAUGGCAUCCGGAGCUCGACUCGGGCAAUGCGAGCUGCGGAGGACGGUCUGAAGCGAGUCGGCAACUUUGCGGCAAAUCAAACCCUGACUUUGCUCCAGGAUCGUGCCACCAUCAACCGGGCGGGGGUCCAGCCAGUUGUGGCUCAGGCGGCCGCGAGCACGCGGGAAGCAGUGGCCAACGCUCGGCGGCUGGUCCAGGAUAUGUCGGCGGUUCGAUCUUUGCAAGGCUGGGUGAAGCGGUCCACCGCCCGGCCGGCAGGAGUCGCUGCCCCCCAUAUUGCGGAAGGCCACGCGGCAGCCGCCGCAAGCGAUGCCGCGGCAGCCGCUAGGGCGGGAGUCGAGCAGUGACAAUAACUAGAGAGGGGCUAUGCCUGGCACUCAUGUUGUUCGGUCACAUGACCAAGUAGAUACGAUAGUCGGACGGGCUUUGGUUGCCCCAGAAAGCGCAGGUCGGUCCGGGCUUCAAACGUAGGAGCGGGCUGGAGACGUAAAUAAAUCACCUCGCAACCACCAAAGGCCGUCAAUGGAUGAAUCUGUGCAUCAUCUUGUAUAUAUAGACAUGUUGCGCGGGUGCACCUUUCGACGAAAAGAUGUUCAGCCGCAGUGCUCGUGCGCGGCUGCCUUGAUCGCAACCCUUGCUAGCGGGUAGCGUGUCGAAAUUGAGCCGUUCCAGUCCAGCAGCUUAGUGAUAGCGCGACGAGGUCCGUUUGCAAAACCGUGUCCGAGUCGGCUCAAGAAUAUUGACAAACAAAACAUACAGUACGAUUAAUCAGCUUGUCCCCUCCGACUCGACCACCGAAAUGACCAUUGAGCAGUAGAAUGUAAAAUGCACAUGAUAAACUUUUCAGGGACCGCUACCUGACAGGAUAGGCCGCUUCAUGGCUUUCAUUAUAGCCGUCAG